CGCUUGCGUAGCGCUGUCCUUUACGUUCGUCCUCAGUGUAGGGCAACAGGAACAUCUUCACGAAUAAAAACACUCAUCUUAACUUGUGAAAAUAACCCCACACACAUUGGGAGAACCACUAUAGCACCGAGCACAUAUUCUGAAUAUUUACGAGGUUAACUAAAUCUACAAUGGAGACCCUCGUCCGACGCUGCCCGUUCCUGUCUCGAGUGUCGCAGACAUUCCUCCAGAAGGCAGGGAAGUCGCUGGUUUCCUAUGCGCAGAACUGUCCUGUGAUGAUGGAUCUUGCCAGCAGACCUCUUGCUCGUACCCUUGCUACCUCAGCUGCACAUUGCCAGCAAACCAAGGAGACUACCCCAACUGAUGAGACUGUCAAGCAGCCUGCUGUGAAACCCCAGCUGCCACCUAGCCACCCAGCGCCCCCUGGCAGCCAGGCUGCUGCUUCCAAAUGCCCAUUCCUGGCAGCCGAGAUGAGCCUUGCAAACAGCAGUGUUUUCCAUAAGGCUAGUCUGGAGCUGCAGGAGGACGUGCAGGAGAUGCAUGCUGUGAGGAAAGAGUUGGCUGAAACACCUGUGAAUCCAACAGUGAUCAACAUCACCAAGGCUGAUGAGCGAGACCAGAAUGAACUGCUGAAGAACUUAAUGAAGCAACGUCCCCUCAGGGUCUCCCACCUUCUACAGGACAACAUGCCCAAGUCCAUCUCCAAUUUCCACUACGACAAGUUCUUUGAGAAGAAGAUUGAAGCAAAGAAAAACGAUCACACGUACCGGGUAUUUAAAACUGUGAAUCGAAGAGCCGAGACCUUCCCAAUGGCAGAUGAUUAUUCUGAAUCGAUGACCUCAAAGAAAGAGGUCUCAGUCUGGUGCAGUAAUGACUAUUUAGGAAUGAGCCGUCACCCGCGCGUUACUCAGUCAAUCAUGGAGACUUUACGACAGCACGGUGCUGGAGCGGGAGGGACACGAAACAUCUCGGGUACCAGCAAGUUUCACGUUGAACUGGAACAUGAGCUGGCAGACCUGCAUGGCAAGGAUGCCGCCCUACUUUUCUCCUCGUGCUUUGUGGCUAAUGAUUCCACCCUUUUUACAUUGGCCAAAAUGCUGCCAGGCUGUGAGAUUUACUCUGAUGCUGGGAACCAUGCCUCAAUGAUCCAGGGGAUCAGGAACAGUGGGGCAACCAAAUUUAUAUUCCGUCAUAAUGAUGUCAGUCAUCUUCGAGAGCUGUUGAAGAAGUCUGAUCCCUCAACUCCUAAGAUUGUGGCUUUUGAGACCGUACACUCAAUGGAUGGUGCUGUGUGUCCACUGGAAGAGAUGUGCGACGUUGCCCAUGAAUUUGGAGGCAUCACGUUUGUCGACGAAGUCCAUGCUGUAGGGUUGUAUGGAGCUCGUGGUGGGGGAAUAGGAGACCGGGACAGGAUCAUGGACAAAAUGGACAUCAUCUCUGGAACGCUCGGUAAAGCUUUUGGCUGUGUGGGAGGUUACAUAGCCAGCACCGCCACCCUUGUGGACACUGUCCGUUCCUAUGCUGCAGGCUUUAUCUUCACCACAUCCCUUCCACCAAUGCUUUUAGCUGGGGCUAAAGAGUCCAUUCAGACGCUGAAGAGUGAGGAAGGUCGGGCCUUGAGACGCAAGCACCAACGCAAUGUCAAACUAAUGAGACAGAUGCUGAUGGAUGCUGGUCUGCCUGUGGUUCACUGUCCAAGUCACAUCAUUCCAAUCAGGGUUUCAGAUGCAGCUAAAAACACAGAGGUAUCUGAUUUGCUGAUGAGCAGAUACAACAUCUAUGUUCAGGCCAUCAAUUACCCCACAGUUGCACGGGGGGAGGAGCUCCUUCGGAUCGCCCCAACGCCUCACCACACACCACAGAUGAUGAACUUUUUUGUUGAGAAACUGGUGAAAACUUGGAAAGAAGUUGGCUUGGGGCUGAAGCCUCACUCCUCGGCUGAAUGCAACUUCUGCAGGAUGCCUCUGCAUUUCGAGGUGAUGAGUGAAAGGGAGAGAUCCUACUUCAGUGGCUUGAGCAACCUCAUAUCAGCAACUGCCUGACCGCUGCCAUUUUUCUAAGCUAGUGCAGUAUCAUUUUAGCAAUAUUAUAAAGAGAGAUUUUAAGCAUUAUAUUGUAACUUAAUAAACCAUACAUGUUAUUUACUAUAUCAAAAAUAGCAAAUAAACUGAAAUGUCGAAUGCCA